CUCGCGGCAUGCUAAAAAUUUUCAGUCGAGCGUUGUUACCGAACUAGGAAGGUCGGUCUAACUGUAGUAGCUAUUGUGAGCUCUCGUCUCUCUGUCGGGUGGUACAGCCAGUGUGCCAGUACUAGUACAGCUCUGCUCCGCUCUACCCGCCACCUGCGUAACGCUGGUGUUGCUGCUUACACAAUAACUGUGCAUCGAUAAAGGCAAAGAAGAAGCACACAGGAUACGAAUAUACAUAUUUAAAAACGGAAACUCUUAAGCUGUUACAGCUUAACGAGUAUAAAAACGCAACGUGUGUGAUUUGUUAUUGUUGUUCUUAGCAUAAGCAAAAGUAAAGCAGUAAAAGUUCAAGAAGCAGCGCGUAUUAAGUGCACAUACGUUUUUAACACUGUAAAUCGGGGUAGUUUUCCGUGAAUUCGCCCCUCCGACAGAACCCGAAACCGACUACGGCAACGAUAAACGGAAAAAUUGUGUAAUACCACUCGACGUGUAAAAAGUCAAGACGCAAGAUGCCGGCCAAAGCAGUUAAUAAGAAAGAGAAUUUAGAUGAUCUCAAACAGGAGUUGGACAUCGACCAUCAUAAAAUCUCUCCUGAGGAGAUGUAUCAGCGUUUUCAGACACAUCCCGAAAAUGGUCUGAGUCACGCUAAGGCUAAGGAGAAUUUGGAGCGAGAUGGUCCCAAUGCGCUUACACCGCCCAAGCAGACACCCGAGUGGGUGAAGUUCUGCAAGAAUCUAUUCGGUGGCUUCGCCAUGCUGCUGUGGAUCGGUGCUAUUCUUUGUUUCGUGGCCUAUUCGAUUCAGGCCACCACCAGCGAGGAGCCAGCCGAUGACAACUUGUAUCUAGGUAUUGUACUUUCCGCUGUCGUCAUUGUGACAGGCAUUUUCUCCUACUACCAGGAAUCGAAAAGUUCCAAGAUCAUGGAGUCGUUCAAGAACAUGGUGCCCCAAUUUGCCACUGUUAUCCGCGAAGGCGAGAAACUCACGCUGCGCGCCGAGGAUCUCGUGUUGGGCGAUGUGGUUGAAGUCAAGUUCGGUGAUCGUAUUCCCGCCGAUAUUCGCAUCAUUGAGGCGCGUAACUUUAAGGUGGACAACUCCUCGUUGACUGGUGAAUCGGAGCCGCAGUCCCGUGGCGCUGAGUUCACACACGAGAAUCCCCUGGAGACUAAGAACUUGGCCUUUUUCUCGACCAACGCCGUUGAGGGUACUGCAAAGGGUGUUGUCAUCAGCUGUGGUGAUCACACUGUAAUGGGUCGUAUUGCUGGCUUGGCUUCCGGUCUGGACACCGGUGAGACUCCAAUUGCCAAGGAAAUCCAUCAUUUUAUUCAUCUGAUUACCGGCGUCGCUGUAUUCCUCGGCGUAACCUUCUUUGUGAUUGCCUUCAUUUUGGGCUACCACUGGCUCGAUGCUGUCAUCUUCCUUAUCGGUAUUAUUGUGGCCAACGUGCCUGAGGGUCUACUGGCCACUGUCACUGUGUGCCUGACCCUGACCGCCAAGCGUAUGGCAUCGAAGAACUGUUUGGUGAAGAAUUUGGAAGCCGUCGAAACUCUGGGAUCCACCUCAACCAUUUGCUCUGAUAAGACCGGCACACUCACUCAGAACCGUAUGACAGUCGCUCAUAUGUGGUUCGAUAACCAAAUCAUUGAAGCCGACACAACUGAGGAUCAGUCGGGUGUUCAAUACGAUAGAACCAGCCCUGGAUUCAAGGCGCUCUCUCGCAUUGCCACUCUCUGUAACCGUGCCGAAUUCAAAGGUGGCCAGGACGGUGUGCCAAUUCUUAAGAAGGAAGUCAGCGGUGAUGCCUCCGAGGCUGCUCUGCUCAAGUGCAUGGAACUGGCCCUUGGCGAUGUGAUGAACAUACGCAAACGCAACAAGAAGACUGCCGAGGUGCCAUUCAACUCCACCAACAAGUAUCAGGUGUCCAUUCACGAAAACGAGGAUCCAAAUGAUCCCCGCUAUCUACUGGUCAUGAAGGGUGCUCCCGAGCGUAUUCUCGAACGUUGCUCGACCAUUUUCAUCAACGGCAAGGAGAAGGUGCUGGACGAGGAAAUGAAGGAGGCUUUCAACAACGCCUACAUGGAGCUCGGAGGUCUUGGUGAACGUGUGCUCGGCUUCUGUGAUUUUAUGCUGCCCUCUGACAAAUACCCAACCGGCUUUAAGUUCAACACCGAUGAUGUUAACUUCCCCAUUGAUAAUCUGCGUUUUGUUGGUCUCAUGUCCAUGAUUGAUCCCCCACGUGCUGCUGUGCCCGAUGCUGUUGCCAAGUGCCGUUCGGCUGGUAUUAAAGUCAUCAUGGUUACCGGCGAUCAUCCAAUUACUGCCAAAGCUAUUGCUAAAUCCGUCGGCAUCAUUUCUGAGGGUAACGAGACCAUUGAGGAUAUCGCACAGCGCCUCAACAUCCCCAUCUCUGAGGUUAAUCCACGCGAAGCCAAGGCUGCUGUUGUGCACGGCGCUGAGCUGCGCGAUGUCUCCGAUGAGCAACUGGAUGAGAUCUUGCGCUAUCACACUGAAAUUGUCUUUGCUCGUACCUCGCCCCAGCAGAAGCUCAUCAUUGUCGAGGGUUGCCAGCGCAUGGGAGCCAUUGUGGCUGUCACUGGUGAUGGUGUAAACGAUUCUCCUGCCCUGAAGAAAGCGGACAUUGGUGUUGCUAUGGGUAUCGCCGGUUCUGAUGUAUCCAAGCAGGCUGCUGAUAUGAUCCUGUUGGACGACAACUUUGCCUCCAUUGUGACUGGUGUUGAGGAAGGUCGUUUGAUCUUUGACAAUCUGAAGAAGUCCAUUGCCUACACUCUUACCUCUAACAUACCCGAAAUCUCACCAUUCUUGGCUUUCAUUCUGUGCGACAUACCACUGCCAUUGGGUACAGUAACCAUUCUGUGCAUCGAUUUGGGCACUGACAUGGUGCCAGCCAUAUCAUUGGCCUACGAACACGCUGAAGCCGAUAUUAUGAAGCGUCCGCCACGUGACCCAUUCAACGAUAAAUUAGUGAACUCAAGAUUGAUUUCCAUGGCCUAUGGACAAAUUGGCAUGAUCCAAGCUGCUGCCGGAUUCUUUGUGUAUUUUGUCAUUAUGGCUGAGAACGGUUUCCUGCCAACGAAACUGUUUGGCAUCCGUAAGAUGUGGGACUCCAAGGCAGUUAACGAUCUAACUGACUCGUACGGUCAGGAAUGGACCUAUCGCGAUCGCAAGACUUUGGAAUACACCUGCCACACUGCCUUCUUCAUUUCGAUUGUGGUUGUGCAAUGGGCCGAUUUGAUCAUCUGUAAGACGCGCCGAAACUCCAUCUUCCACCAGGGCAUGCGCAAUUGGGCCUUGAACUUUGGCCUUGUUUUCGAAACAGUUCUUGCUGCCUUCCUGUCAUACUGCCCCGGCAUGGACAAGGGUCUGCGCAUGUACCCCCUGAAACUUGUCUGGUGGUUCCCAGCCAUUCCAUUUAUGUUGGCCAUCUUUAUCUAUGAUGAGACACGUCGUUUCUACUUGCGUCGCAACCCUGGUGGCUGGUUGGAGCAGGAGACAUACUAUUAAACACCUACACACAGCCACGCCCACAACUACACCGACAAACACACACAUCUACACCUACAAACACAGAAUACUACACAGAUUCAGCAAAAGCAACAAAUAGUAAUUGUUUAUUUACCACAAAGUGCAACCACAGCGAACACAGUUAUCUGUGUGGCUGGCUACGUCGAAAACAACUGCAAAAACUGUAAUUGCAACAACAAGAGCAAAAGCUACAGCAUAAAACAUAUUGCAAUAUGUUUUAGAAUUUUAAUUUAAUUAUUUAAAGUAAAGAAACAAACAAAAAAUAUAAGAAAGAAAACAAAAAUGCAAGCGAUAAUUAUUUUAAACGUUUAAGUAAAUUUAAAUUAUAAAAUAAAGCUAUAAAUAAGAUUUAAAUAAAAAUAAAGUAAAAACUUUCAACAAAAAACAAAAACCAAGAAACAAAAUUUCGAAAUAAUAACAAGAAGAACCCCACAAGCAACUUAGCAAACAAUAACCUAACAACAAAGUUUUUAGUAAAAUUAUUUAACAAAUGGCAUUAACAACAACAAUAUUCAAGUAAACGAUGACAAAACCAAAACAUAAACAACGCAAACAGCGCAAAGAAACAAAAGCAAAGCUAAAGCGCAACUAAAUUUAAUAGUAUUUACACACCUACAUAUACACACAUACAUACACACCCACAAACAACGCAUGAAGAGACAAAUUAUAUAAGAAGUUUAGAAAAAUUAAAAACUAAAACGAAAAUUUUGACAA